CGCGAGUGGAAAAUUUAAUACAAAACUGAUUUUAUAAUAAAAAAUGUUUGGAAUAAAUGCCAAAUUGCAAUGAUUUUGAAAUUAUAUAAUGUUUUAUCGUUUAUAUACGAAUUGUUAAAUAUUACAAGAAAGAGGUUUACGUAAAUAUAUGUAUGUAUGGGAGUCAAUUCAACAAGCAGCAACUGCGCUGGAAAGAAGUGAAGCAAUUGUAUUGUAAGCUGCAACUGCGCCACCUGUCAGCUUGUAGCAAAGAUUUAGAAAUUCAUAUAAAUUUCUUAGCGGCGCAUAGUUUUCAAAGCGGUGUAUGCAGCAUAAAAAAUAAUGCAAAAUUAAAGUGGCAAUAUUUCGUAUUAACAGCUGUGUAAAUAUUGUAAAUAAAGCGCAGUGAUAAGAGCUUAGUAAAUUAUUUUGAAAUUAAACACGUAGCGCUACUCGAAAAUGGAUUUAAAAACAAACGCAAACAGCUAUCUUAAUGAAUUAAAACAGAAAUGGUUACAGCGACAAAACACCGACAAUGUAUUUGCAUACAACUUAAAUGUCACAAAAACUAAAUAUCUGCCGGGGAAUAAAAUAAUCUACAUGGAAUUUAAUCCACAGCGUACACGUUUACGACGAAUACCACAGACUAUUGGCAGUUUAAAACCUGUAUUUGAUGAAGAGACUUUCAAUUUCAAAAAGAUUAAACCUUUGGAGUUAUUAAUGAGCAUACCGUACGAGGGCACAGAUAUUUCAAUGCUAAUCAAUAAGAGCCCGCUAACGUUUUUUCAUACAUUAAUAUGUCCAGAUGUGGCUGCCGGACAACCACAACGUUUGACGCUUCCAGCUUUGAAAUUUUGCGUCCAAUUUUUACUAAAUAUUAGGGACGAAGAAAACGCAUUUCGUAUUGGUUACAAUAGUCCUGGUGCGUUGGCAUCGGUGAAUCACUUGCAUUUACAUUUACUCUAUGUUACUGCAUAUUUAUAUAGUGAUAAAGCGGAAUUGGAAUUGUUGCAAAGCACAAAUAUUUACCGUUUAAGUGAUAAAAUGCCAACAGAGGCGAUAUGUUUUAUAUUUACCAAAACUACUGACGCCGAGGCUUUAAGUGCACAAAUACUGAAACUAUUUAACUUUAUUAUUUGGCUGUGUGAACACGACAUUCCGCAUAACUUAUUUUUAACUCCAAAUCGAAACGAAAGUUUAGGGAAUGUUUUGAAAGUGUUUGUAUUUUGCCGAAAAUCAUUUUGUUACGUUAAGGACUUAAAUACCUAUAAUAUUGGAUUUUGUGAAGUGUCUGGUUAUGUGACUGUUGGAGAUGAACAGCUGUACGAAAGACUAACAGAGCAAGAAGUGCUGGCUAAAAUACAACAGGAAACUGGCGAUGUGUUUAAGGAGAUUUACGAAUAUUUCAAAGUGUAAGAAAUCAAAGCAAAAACAUUAUUUUGGAAAACGUUAAGUACACUAAAAAGGAUACUACCUCUCAUCGGCGCUAAAUUUAAAAUACUAAAAUUUUUUUUCAUUUGUGUUAGAAAUUAAAUAUAGCUGGAAUUUAUGUUAAAUAAAUUUAGUAAAAUUUAUUUUUUUUUUAUUGAUCACCUGUAGCUACUGUAAAACUUUUGCCCUGGUCAUUUCGACUAAUUACUUUAGUAUUCAGCUUAAUACUAUAAUCGGUUGCCGCAUCGUGUCCUUGAUAUUUAACUAAUUUAAUCAAAUCAGGUAUAUUAUCCUCAGCUAUGCAAUUACAAAUGGCAUUGAAAAAUUGCAUCAUAUGAUGCAAAUUAUGUCUGAAAAUAAAUGAAAUUUCG